CUUACCAUUAGGUUAGGUAGGUCCAUUCCCCUUAAGUUAUCAUCAUCAUUUAUCCACUAUUUGUUCCACAUUGGGGAACAUUUUGUAAUAAAAUGUGGAAUUAGAAGGAAAAUAAAUCUUACUUCCAACAUAUUUCAUUAGUUUUUUUUGUAAUUUUUAUUGCUCCAACCUAUACCUGAUAAAUCUUUCUUUCUCAUUUGAAUAAUUCGUUUAUAUUAAAGGGAGAACAAAAAAAAGAAAAAAGAGCAGAAAAUAAAUUGUUUCCUCUCUGUCUUCCAAGUAUAUAGUUGAGAGAGAGCUGUCCAAAAACAAAAACAAACACGUCCAAAAAACUCUCUCUUGUGGGAACAAGAAAGACCCAAAAGACACAAACACACCCAAACUCCCCAUCAAACAGAAAUAAAGCAUACCAAAAAAGCUUCUCUUUUUAUCUUCUUUCUUAACUAUUGAGUUUCAAAUGUUGAAAUGAUCUUUGAAGGUGUGAAUCAGGAAAUUUAUGAAACAUAGUUUGUGGUUUACUUAAGCUUUCAAGGACUACAAAGAAGGAGAGAAGAUCAUCAUCAUCAAACUCUGGUAAUGAGAGCAUUUCAAUAACUAAAGUCCAAAUUUGAAUCAAUACUACAAAUGUUAGAGAAGAGAUGAUAUCAAACACACACAAAAAGCACUUAUUUUUUUCCAAUCUAAAAGAAAUGAACUGAAAUGGAUUAGUUUGAGAUUAGGUUUGGUAAUAUGCUUUUGUCUUUAAUGAGUUGUUAUGGUGGUGGAAUUUUUUUUUUUUUUUUUUUUGGUUGCAGCAAGAUCAGUUGAGAAAUGAGAAUGUAUGAAGAAAGUUCAUGUUUUGAUCCUAUACCAACGGUGGAAGCAAUGAUGGACAACAACGGUGGUGGCUUCUGUGAGGCGGAAACAACUUUUCCGGUAAGCCACCAGUACCAACCACCGCUUGGAAGCACAACAAACAGCUUUAACGAUGAUCUUAAGCUACCAACAAUGGAGGAGUUCUCUGUUUUCCCUUCUGUUAUCUCUCUCCCUAAUUCAGAACCUCAGAACCAAAGCAACAACAACAACCAUAUGAUCAACCAGAUGAUUCAAGACUCGAAUUGGGGUGUUUCUGCAGACAACUCUGGAUUCUUCAUGAACACGUCUGAUCCAAACACAACAUCAACUCAACAAAUCCCUGAUCUUCUCAGUCUCUUGCAUUUGCCUAGAUGCUCAAUCCCAUUACCAAGCUCGAACCUAUCGGACAUAAUGUCGGAUUCUUGCUUUGCGUAUGACCCCCUUUACCACUUAAACCUUCCUCCACAACCUCCAUUGAUCCCUGCUAGUGACUACUCAGGGUUCUUGCUUGGAAUUGAUACCAAUAUUACUACUCAAAGAGACGAUGAUUCAAAUGUUGGGAAUGAGAUUAACAUUGAUAGCGGAAUCAUCGAGUUUAGUAAAGAGAUUAGGCGUAAAGGAAGAGGAAAGCGAAAGAACAGACCUUUUACAACAGAGCGUGAGCGAAGAUGUCACUUGAAUGAGCGGUACGAGGCCUUGAAACUGCUCAUUCCUAGCCCUAGCAAGGGAGAUAGAGCAUCAAUUCUUCAAGAUGGAAUCGAUUACAUCAACGAGCUACGCAGAAGAGUAAGCGAGCUUAAGUAUUUGGUAGAGAGAAAAAGAUGUGGUGGGAGACACCAGAACAAUGAAGUAGACAACAACAACAACAACUUGGAUGGUCAGAAUGAUGAAGAUGAUGUUGAUGAUGAAAACAUGAAUAAGAAGCCCGAGAGCGAAGUAACGGAUCAGUGUUCAAGCAACAACUCGCUGAGAUGUUCAUGGCUGCAGAGGAAAUCAAAAGCAAGUGAAGUUGAUGUUAGGAUUGUUGAUGAUGAAGUAACAAUCAAAGUUGUCCAGAAGAAGAAGAUCAACUGUUUGUUGCUUGUCUCCAAAGUACUUGAUCAUCUUCAGCUUGAGCUUCACCAUGUUGCAGGUGGACAGAUUGGUGAGCAUUACAGUUUCUUGUUCAACACCAAGAUAUAUGAAGGAUCAACAAUAUAUGCAAGUGCAAUAGCAAACAGAGUGAUUGAAGUUGUGGAUAAACACUACAUGGCUUCUCUUCCCAUCAAUAACUAUUAAAAUAAUAGGCUAACUUAAAUGUAUCUUCUGACCCUUUUUUUAUUUUCUAAUCCAUGUUUACUCAUUUGCAAAACCAAAUAAAAACUCA